AUGUCUGGCGUCCUACGGCAAAACAACCCUCGCGCAGAGAUGUUCGCUGUCUACCUCCUCCCCCCAUCCUUGCAGCCCAUCGAAUCGCCCGGCAACGUGGUCUCACCGCCUGCUCCUGUGACGGGCAUGAUAUCAUCCACGACGACUCCUGCAGCUGCUUCCACUGCCACCACGACUAUUAUUGCAGAUGAUGGUCAGCUGUGCCAGGCCGGCAAUGGCGGCAUUGAUGCUGGUGGAAACCCGCCGAUGGCCAUGAUAGGAGUCGUAGGCACGCAUCGCACCGACCCAAUCGCGGAGCUGGGUUACAUAUUCCACCCCUCCGCAUGGGGGAAGGGAUACGCAACCGAAGCCGUCUCCGCGUUCGUCGACAGGUUCUGGCCGGCGCAGGUGGCGGCGAACGAGAUCGAGGCGCAAGUUGAUCAGGCGAACGCUGCGUCCGCUCAUGUGCUGAGGAAGUGUGGGUUUGAUCUUGUUGCGGAGAGGGAUGAGGAUGGGGAAAGAUUGCUUAUUUUUAGAACUUUCAGGCCCGCAGGGGGGGAGAGAGGGGUUAUAUGA